AUGCCUGGAAGCUAUAAUGAAACAGAAAUGGAUGCUUCAUUUGGGAACUUUGCUUUAGAGGAAGCAACUUUUGAGACUCCUCCUACUGCUACUACAAGUACAUUUAUUAGAAAUCCUGAUCACAAUAUGAUGAAGAAAAUAAAAGAUUCAAAAACCCUUACGUUUGAAUGGUAUGUUUAAUGCUUGCAUGUUUUUAUUACAAACUGUAGAACAGAUUUACACCAGAUAUGCAUUAACUAAUAUUAGCAUUUUUGCCAAAUUGUUUUUGUGCCAUGUUAAUGAAUACAACAGAACACAAACUAUAGAUAGCUCCUAACAUAUUUAAUGUAAAGGUAAUAGAGGUGCCAGUAGGUUCUGCUCUGCUGUAAAAUAUAAAAUGUAAUAACUUUUAUGUAAUAUUUACAGAGUUACAUACGAAUACAGAUUGAUAGAGGGCAUUUCUUUAGUGAGCUAUAUAAGCUUUCCUGAAUAUGUGGGUUUUCAGAGCUAAAUCUUUUGAGUUUGGGUAAGAGUCUUUGAGAGUCUAGUACUAAAUUUAAGAUGAUGGAAUCAUGAUGGUCAAUACUACAGAAAGUAAUAAUGUGGUUAAUGUGUCCCAUAAUAAUUGCAUUAUGGUCAUAGCAAUAGCAUCUACUUUCUACUGAACAAAUCUAGCAGCAGAACUACAACUUCCUGAAGCCAUGUACCUAAACAGAGAUAUUAUUGGUGCAGAGAUGAAACACUGCAGGUUUGGAUUCUAGGCACAAAUACGAGGCUGGUUGGGAGAGUAUUUGUAGAUAACAAACUACAAAACACUGAGCAGUGUUAGGACUCUGAAGACUUGAAUCAGAACUUUAUUGUGGAACUAGGAUGAUAACCUGUCUAAGAACUGGCAGAGAAGGAGAUGAUGAACGCUAAAUGAAACAAGUUAUACAUUUUGGAGUGAGGAUUGGUCUACGGUUAUACGAGGUUGCUGUAGUCCAGACUAACAAGUAUGUAAAUUAAUGUUUUGAUUACAUCCUGUGUUCGGAUGCAAUUGGAUGUGGGCACUGAACAGCAGAUUCAAAUCUAGCACUGAGACCACAGGUUUUGGAUUUCCCAAGAUUGCAGCAUUUUCUACUGUGGAGGAGAUUUCAAGUGUUAGGAUUGAAUAUUAAUAUGACUGUACAAUCUCACCUUGUUCCUCAUGUUUAAAACCUCUUCCACAGCACUUUACUAGAAUCAUUUUCAAAAGAAGAAUCCUAUACUAUACACAAAAAAGGUCUUUAAUUUUAAUUUACACGUUUGGUUUUAAUCAGAUUUAUAUAUUUAUUUGCAGGUCUCAGAGCGCUAAAAACCAGAAAAGGGAGUCACUGUCAUGCAGUGUUUUUAGGAAGCCUUUACCAAAUCCACCAAGUAUCAGUGCAUGUGAAUCAUCUCCAUUUCAGUCAACUAAUUUGCCUAAGCAGGUAAGUGUUUAUUUGGUCCAAUUAUUGCUUACAACAACUUAGAGAACUUUAACAAUCAGUCAAUAAGCAAAUCAAUUAUACAUGAAGCUGCAUCCCUAAAUAUUUGCUAUAAAAUCACGUGUUUUAGCCACAACUUUCUCUUACUGCUACUGAGUAACCCAGUGGCGUACAUACCAGGGUCGCGACUGCGACCGGGCCCGGCCCACCCGGUAUGUUUGCUAGUGUGGCCACCCGGCUCCGGGAUCAGUACGCGGCGUGCGAGGGAGCUGAACAGGAAGCACUGAGGGGAGAGUGCUUCCUCGCGCGCCUGCCAGCCAGCCUGCCCGUCGGGUGACACCACUGGACCCCAGGGAAUCCUCUCCGCUCUCCCAAAGGUGGGUAGGCUGGGGGGAUUACAUUUUGUAAAAAACGUGAGUGUGUUGGAGUGUGUGUGUUAGUGUUAGAGUGUGUGUUAGAGUGUGUGUGUGUUAGUGAUAGAGUGUGUGUUAGUGUUAGAGUGUGUUAGUGUUAGUGUGUUAGAGUGUGUGUGUGUGUGUUUGUGUUUGUUAGUGUUAGAGACUGUGUGUGUGUGUGUGUGUGUGUGUGUUAGAGAGUGUGUGUGUGUUAGUGUUAGAGUGUGUGUGUUAGUGUUAGAGUGUGUCAGUGAGUGUGUUACUGUGUGUCUGUUACUGAGUGUGUUAGUUUGUGUGCAUCUGUUAGUGAGUGUGUAUGUAUGUCUGUCACUGAGUGUGUGUCUGUCAGUAAAUGUGUGUCUGUUAGCUAGUGUGUAUGCGUCUGUUCAUGAGAGUGUGUGUAUGUUUUAUGGACUCCCAUGGCGCUGGGGAUCUCUCUGCCCCGAUCCGCCUCUCAGCUCCGAAUGCGCAUGCGUGGCAAGAGCCGUGCACGCAUUCAAACCGUUCAUAGGAAAGCAUUACUCAAUGCUUUCCUAUGGACGUUCAGCGUCUUCUCACUGUGAUUUUCACAAUGAGAAUCGCAGAAGCUCCUCUAGCGGCUUUCAAUGAGAGCUGGAUUAACCCUCAGUGAAACGUAGCAGUUUCUCUGAAACUGCUAUGUUUUCAGCUGCAGGGUUAAAACUAGAGGGACCUGGCACCCAGACCACUUCAUUGAGCUGACGUGAUCUGGGUGUCAGUAGUAGUCCUUUAAGUGUAUGAGUAUCUGCAUGCACUGGCGUACAUACCGCGGUCCUGCGACCAGGUGCCCGCCGCCAUGUGUUGCGGCCCCAGCCCGCGCAGGGUAAAUGCACAGGAGUGGGGGGAUCAGUUUUCACGGGGCCCCAUGGGUUGUGUGUACGCCACUGGAGAAACCUAUUGUAGAUUUUGAAACUUGCAUUGCCUGGGAAAUGUGUGCAAGUAUUGGUAAAUCCCAGGAACAGAUGAUUGCUACUUACCACGAGAUACAAGCAUAGAUCAUUAGUAAUGAAUAGUUAUCAAAGAAGGAUAAAUCAUAUAAUGGCAAAUAAAAGGCAGUGUUUACAUUGCUGCCUUAGUUCACCCGCCAUGUCUAUUACUUGGACAGCCAUUAGAGGGACUUCCUGGACGAGGUCCUGCAAUCUUUGCAAGAUACACUGUUAGCCUCUCAGUGUUGAAAGCUUCUAUAAAUAUGCAUUGAAUCAAUGCAUCUAUUCUGAGGAAAUGCGGAUUGGCAUAGUGCAGCAAUUUGGCACACGUGCACUAGCCUACCAGUGCACGUGGAAUAGCAUUGAGUUGGCUGAGGAUUGAUGAUCUCAGCUAAGGAGGCUCUGUUAGCAGUAUUGAGACCUUUUUUUAAACCUUUGGGGAGGGUGGAGGUGUAAUCUAUUUGGUUAAGGAGAACAUCAUAGUGUUAAGAAUACAUGUUUCAUUUAAAGAAAUAGAACGGCUACCACUUGCUUUUAGAACAUCUUCAAUUUGUCUUGGAUACAUUGAAAGUUGAAUAAGAGAUACUUCACCUUACUUUAUAAAGAAAAGCUUCCAUUUAUUUAACACUCAAAGCUCCAGAACAUGCAAACUAUGUUCAGGGAUGUAUACAUCUGGUGAUUGUGAAGCAUGUUAGACAUUAUCUGUGUCUGCUUUCAACUAAAAACUACAGCCUGUAUGGCUGGUUAUUGCUAUUGAGAACUAAAAAGACCAAUGUUAAUCUUCCUAUAAACCACCUGCAACCAUUUGUGCACAACAAUAAAAUUGAGGGUCUCCUUAGUUAUUGAAAUUGUUUCUUGUGGUCCACCUUUGAAAUUCUGCCAAGUGGAUUGAUAUAAAUUUAAUGUCCUUUACAUCUUUGGUUCCUCGCCCCACCUGUCACUCUGUCAAUGGUAUUAAACCUUUACAAUGGUGGCACAGAGCGUGUGAGGCAGGGAUAUCAAACUCUGGCCACCCAGAUAUUCAUUGCUUACCAGUUGCAGAUUUAUUUGAAUACAGUAGAUGGUAGGUGAAGAGCAAUAAAACAAUCUCAAAUGUAGCUCUGUAUUCCCUGUCACUUUGCUACUCCCCCAGCAACCAUUUCUCAAGCUUAGGCUGCACCUUGAGCUGCUGGCAGCAGGCGAGUUCCAAUAUAACUCCCAAAGCAUAGAAUUAUAUUAUGUCACUAGGAUAAAUAAUAUAUUAACUCCCUUCGGAGCUUAUAUGUUAAAGUGAACAUGUGAUGGCAGGGUCACUUUAAAUUAUAAAUGCUUUAUUAUAAUAUAAUAAUAAAGGCUAAUAUUUACAAAACAACUAAAACAUACGAACCCAUAUACUAAGUGUCAGGAUUAUGUAAGAUCUUGAGCUUAACUCAUGCUUUUAUUUUCAUGGAAGUAUAUUAUCAUAAAACAUAAUUGCAAGUCAAAUAUUUAUUAGUAGGAUAUUUUAGUUCAGCAUAGUUUUAAAGAAUCUUUAAAGCUUGCUAUAAUUUGUUUAACAGAGGAUUAGUUACAUGUACAUUGGUUUUAUAUUUUUGAUUUUGUAUUAUAAUAUAUUUCUUUGUGUUUUUACAUUAGAGUGAAAUUGUAUCUGGCAUGAAUACAGACACAUCACCACCUCUUAAAGACAUUGGUUAGUAUAAACUAAUAAAAUGCGCAGGGAAAUGAAAGGGAAACCAAUAUUUUCCAAAAAUGUUAAUAUUAUGUGUACCCCUAUAUACCCCUAUAUUUAACAAAUAUGCAUGUAUCUACAACUGUGUACGUCCAUCUUGGCUCCCUGUCAAUCAUUGUAUAAUCUCUGUUAAUCAUUGCACCUGGUGGUCUAGAGAAAGCAUACAGACAAGAGGAGAAAUGAAAAUUAAAAUAAGCAGAGGAACAACCCAAACAAAUAUUAAUAAAACAGUAGAAAGAUUUCUUAAAAAAUAUUCAAUGGGGGCGUGGCUGACUUCCAGUAUGGAUGGUUGCAUGGAGUAAGGGCUCUGCAUCCAGCCUAACCCAAAGCAACAUAUAAGCUCGAUUUUCUCUGCAAAACACGACCCCGUGAAGCACACAGUGCCCAGUUACCGACUGAUGUCUCAGUCGAAACAAAUGAAGCUCACUUAACCGUUCGGAUAGGGAAGAAAAGAGCGCCACAAGGUGCAGCAAGAUGGCGCCGACUCAGCCGCACACUCUCCAAUAUCGGAGGGCCCAUCAGAGCCUGAAAUCACUCCAGACACACUUGGGGACAAACCUGUAACAGAAAAGAGCAUCUACAAAAUGCUCCAAGACCUGCGGUCCACGAUUCAGAAGGACUUUCAGCAGAUUACCUCCUCCAUACACAAAGACCGCUCAUAUCUGGGUGAGAGGACAAACCACCUUGAAAAUAAGCUAGUAAAUUAG